AUGACCAACUAUAAUAAUAGCAACAACAACUACCAGGGCGGAGGCUACCAGCCGCAGGGCGAGGCCGGCAGCUACUACAACAGCGGCCGCAACGACGGUCCCGGCGGCCCUCCCCAAUACGGCGGCCAGCAGCAACAAUACGGCCAACCCCAGGGCGGCUACGGCGGUCACCAAGGGGGUCCUCCAGACUACAGCUCAGGUGGUAACCAGAACUGUCCCCCGCCAUACGGUGGCCAGGGUGGCCAAGGCUACGGCCAGGACAACAGACCAGACUACCAGCCGCACCCUUCCUCGAGCGAGGGCUGGGGCAACGAGAAGCGUGACGACCGACGAGACGACCGACAGAAUAACUACGGUGGUUCCGGUUCCAACGAGGACGGACCCGACGGCGAGCGAGGCGUCCUAGGUGCUCUCGCCGGCGGAGCUGCGGGAGCCUUUGGCGGCGCCAAGCUCGGCGGCAAGGCAACUGGCCAUAGCAAGACCAGUGCUGUCGUCGGUGCCCUCGCCGGUGCCUUUGCCGGACACAAGCUGCAGGACGGCGUGUCUGACUGGAAGGACGACCGCGACGAGAAGAAGGAGGAGGAGAAGCGGAGGAAGGAAGAGGAGAAGCGCAGAGAGGAGGAGGAGAAGCGGCGACGAGACGACGACCACCACGGACACCACGGAGGUCGUCGUCACAGCCGCUCCAGAAGCCGCUCCAGGAGCCGCGACCGUGGCCACCACCACGGCGGCGGCGGCAACUUCUCCGCGUCGUCAGAGGACAUCUACCUCGAGCAUGGACACAUCCUCAAAGCCCGGUGCCGGGGUGACGGAUCGCUGCGGGACAGCUCCCUCAACCUGGACGACGUCCUGGAGAACGACAACGGCCGGUUCCGCUGGGUCAGCGGCGGCGGAGGCCACGACCACGGCCACGGCGGCGGCAGCUGGACUGUCCGGCCCGGCGACACCCUGCGCAGCAUUGCGUCCAACUACAGCGUGUCGUGGGAGGAGAUUGCCCGCCACAAUGGCCUUAGCAACCCUGACCUCAUCCACCCUGGCCAGACGAUCCAGAUCCCUGGGGGUGGUGGUGGCCACCACAGCCGCGGCGGCAACUUCAGCGGGUCUGCGCGCGAUGCUCGCCUUCGUGAUCAUGGCCGCAGGCUCGAGGCUGAGUUGCGCCGGGACAAUGGUGACUGGGAGAGGGCCGAGAUUAACUUGGAUGAGAGGAUUGGUAACAUCAACGGAUCCCUGCGACUCGUCUAA